UGGCGCGAGAAAGAGAUGGUAUCAAACCAGCUCUCGAUAUGAAUCAUGGCUUUGUUCAAUCUAUAAUCCGAAAUCAAAUAGACAGAGACGAAUAUGAUAAAGAUCAAAGGCUUCUGAAACUAGAAAAGGAAAGACAAUUGUUGAGUGGAGAGAUAAAGGAAGAGAGAAAAAGAAAAGAGAAACGAGCUCCUCUUCAUCAAGUCUAUGUUCCACCUCACAUGCGAAAAGGCUCCACAAGUACAGAGCAAUCACCAACAACAUUGCUAACAAAAGAAUCUAGUGAAUCUGAGCUGCUUCUACAGCUUGAGUUUGAAGGAAAAGAUGGAAAAAUGUCUUACCUAAACAUUACUAAGAAUGAUGAUCUUAAAAAAUCUGUUCGGCAGUUUGCUGCAGCCAAUGGUUUAGAUUCCAGACUAAGAGAUGCCUUGUAUCACAAACUUUAUCUAGAAUUGAGAGGAACCUGACCAGGACCCAAUAGUUUGAGUUUUUAGGAGGCAUAUUAUAAUAUAACUUUAGAAUACCCUGCACUACAUAGCUACUGGCUACUUUAUAUAAACCUUGACAAGUUUAAAAUGUCUAUUUUCRUUCAAAAAACUAACAUUUCACACUUAUUCACUUGGAGUCAGUCUUGAAGAGAAACAAAUGUGCUUUGUGGUCCUGAAACAAAGCCAGUGAAUUAAAGUACUACUAAAUAAGUAUUUCAUUAUACACCAAGUGUCAAAAAACAUGAAACAGGUAUUUGAUUUUUUUAAACUUAGAAAAACUUACAUUGUUGGUGAUAUCUUCCAGUUUGUUGGCCAGUGAAUGAAGGUAAUGUAGCCCACUCAGAACAUUUGCAGGGAAAUAAUGAAAUUUUAUGGCUAUUGCCACAUUUUGGCCAAUGGCAGGGCUGUCAACCCCGAGAUAUUCAAAUCUGGAGAAUUGAUAGGGAAGGGACAUGACGUCACAGCGCGUCAAAAAGCACGCGAAAAGACAUCUUUCGCUUUGUAACAUUUAAUAUGAUUGGUUUAUUUCUGACCUAUCAGAUUAUCGCUUUUAUUACAAUGGCCUGCUUGCAAGAACAGUUUAUGAGGAACAUUUUGAUUUUGUUAGCGA